AUGGCAAACAACAAUGGCCGUGAACUUAGCUCCGAUGUGGAAGACCUCAACAAUGGAUGGGGCCGGAGCCUGUACAAUGAUGAGAAGGGAAUGAAAUUUACUGUGCUUUUCACACCUCUUCAACCAUUUGACCCCAAGCGACGAAGGAAUGCGAAGCCAACAACAAUCACAAAGAUAGUUUAUGUACAUGAAGACAUGACUAUGAAGGACAUGAUUAUCAAAGUCCUUGAUACCAUCAAACAACGUAACUUGCUUCAAACAUCUUGGCUCUAUGCUGGCUCCAGGCUUGAAGGAUCCGAUUCCCUCACUUUCCCAUACACUGUGUACCGUUCUCAAAACAAAGAUGUCUCUCUUGACAAUGAAGAUGAUUAUUUAGAGCUUUGUACUCAGGUUCAGAGUGCGAGAAAAGCUGAGGUUACACUCCAGCUAGCUGAACAGAAGGUACUUAUAUCUCGUCACCAUGUUGUAUUUUUGGCUUAUUGA